UUGGAUACUGAGAGAGAGACUCGUCGCUAAUUUACGCGGGUUUCUCGGGGCCGGCAGAUUUUAGUACGCCGUCGUCGAUCUCCGUCAAUUUCUAAAUUGGGUAUCCUUGUUUCGGCGUUCUCAAGCCAUAAUCUGUCUGAAAUUUCAAGAAAAUUUCAACAUUUCCCCCCCCCCCCAUCUGAAAUUUUAGGGUUAGGGUUUUGAAAUGGGGACGAAAGUUUCAGACGAUGUGGUUUCCACAGUCAGAUCAGUCGUGGGUUCCGAUUACUCAGAUAUGGACAUAAGACGGGCUUUACACAUGGCGAAUCAUGACCCAACGGCAGCCAUCAAUAUCAUCUUCGACACUCCAAGUUUCAGCAAACCACCUGAUGUUGUAGCCGCCACUCCUAGCCCAAGCGGCGGCUCUAAUGGAGGGAAGAAGGUUGACAAUGGUAUAAAGGGAUGUGCUUUCGCAAGUGUUGGAGCGAAUCAUCGCGUGGAGGAAGAAGAAGAUGAGAGUGGUGAUGGUGGUGAAGAGAGUGUUUCAGGGAAUGAGUGGUGGUUUGUGGGUUGUUCUGAAUUGGCGGGGUUGUCGACAUGUAAAGGAAGGAAAUUGAAGUCCGGUGACGAAUUGGUGUUCACGUUUCCGCAUAGUAAAGGAUCAAAGUCUGAGACUACUCCUGGGAAGCGCGGCUCUGGACGGGGAAGGCCAGCUUUGCGUGGUGGUGCUUCUGAUAUCGUUAGGUUCUCUACAAAGGAUUCAGGAGAGAUUGGUAGAAUACCAAAUGAGUGGGCACGGUGUCUUCUACCGCUUGUGAGAGACAAGAAAAUUCGGAUAGAAGGGAGUUGCAAGUUGGCGCCUGAAACAUUGAGUAUCAUGGAUACAAUUCUUCUUUUUGUAAGCGUGUACAUUAAUAGUUCCAUGUUUCAUAAGCAUAGUGCAACAUCAUUUAAGGCAGCCAGUAAUACGGCAGAGGAGUCAAUGUUUCAUCCUCUCCCAAAUCUCUUUCGGUUACUCGGUUUGAUCCCCUUUAAGAAGGCAGAGUUUACUCCUGAGGACUUGUCCACUAGGAAGCGACCUUUGAGUUCCAAGAAUGGUUCUGCUGUUUCAGCUCCGUCGCUUCAGUUAAACAAGGUCAAGACUCUGAAUCAAGAUGAAAACAGAGAUGAAAAUGAGCCGUGUAUCAGUGAUGGUGAUCUUGAUAAUAUUGUCGGUGUUGGGGACAGUUCUGGAUUAAAGGAAAUGGAAACUCCACAUAAACUUCUGUGUGAGCUUCGUCCAUAUCAAAAGCAGGCACUUCAUUGGAUGACCCAAUUGGAGAAAGGAAAUUGCACUGAUGAGGCAGCAACAAUGCUUCACCCAUGUUGGGAAGCGUACUAUUUAGCAGACAAGAGGGAACUUGUUGUCUACCUGAAUUCUUUUACUGGUGAUGCUACAAUACACUUUCCUAGCACCCUUCAAAUGGCAAGAGGAGGAAUUUUAGCAGACGCAAUGGGUCUCGGAAAGACCGUAAUGACCAUAUCCCUUAUGCUUUCCCAUCCUUGGAAAGCUGAAGGAGAGAAAGUGAUCAGCAGUUCUUUAGAUGAGUUCACUAGUCUCCCAAAGGCAACCAAAUUUCCAGGCUUUGAUAAGAAGCUUCUUGAACAGAAAAGUGUACUUGAAAAUGGUGGUAACCUGAUUGUAUGUCCGAUGACACUUUUAGGACAGUGGAAGUCAGAGAUUGAAAUGCAUACAAAGUCGGGGUCUCUAUCUGUCUAUGUUCAUUAUGGGCAAAGUAGGCCAAAGGAUACAAAACUUCUUUCCCAGAGUGAUGUGGUAAUCACCACAUAUGGAGUUUUAACAUCCGAAUUUUCGGCAGAGAACUCAGCAGACAAUGAAGGGCUUUAUGCUGUUCGAUGGUUUAGGAUUGUUCUUGAUGAGGCACAUACCAUCAAAAACUCAAAAAGCCAAAUUUCCGUGGCUGCUGCAGCUCUGGUUGCUGAUCGGCGUUGGUGUCUUACGGGUACUCCUAUUCAGAACAAUCUGGAGGAUUUGUACAGCCUUCUACGGUUUUUGAGAAUUGAGCCAUGGGGAACUUGGGCAUGGUGGAAUAAACUUGUCCAAAAGCCAUUUGAAGAGGGCGAUGAGAGAGGCCUAAAGCUAGUGCAGUCAAUCUUAAAACCCAUCAUGCUUAGGAGAACCAAGUCUAGCACAGAUCGAGAAGGAAGGCCGAUUCUUGUUCUACCCCCUGCUGAUGCACGGGUCAUUUACUGUGAACUCUCGGAGUCUGAGAGGGAUUUCUACGAUGCGCUAUUUAAAAGAUCCAAGGUCAAAUUUGAUCAAUUCGUUGCACAAGGGAAAGUUCUUCAUAAUUAUGCUUCGAUCCUGGAACUGCUUUUGCGUCUUCGACAGUGUUGUGAUCACCCAUUUUUAGUGAUGAGUCGGGGUGAUACAGCGGAAUACUCUGAUCUGAAUAAGCUCUCUAAACGUUUCCUUAGUGGAAAGUCUUCUGGUCUAGAAAGGGAUGGAAAAGAUGUACCAUCAGUGGCUUUUGUUCAGGAGGUGGUAGAGGAACUGCGCAAAGGAGAACAAGGAGAGUGUCCAAUAUGCCUUGAAGCAUGUGAGGAUGCCGUAUUAACACCAUGUGCUCAUAGAUUAUGUCGUGAGUGUCUUUUGGCAAGUUGGCGAAAUUCUGCUUCUGGGUUAUGUCCUGUGUGUAGGAAAACUGUAAGCAAACAAGAACUCAUCACAGCACCAACCGAGAGUAGAUUCCAGGUUGACGUGGAAAAGAACUGGGUAGAAUCAUCCAAAAUCACUGCUCUUCUGGAAGAGCUUGAAAGUCUUCGUUCUUCAGGCUCUAAGAGCAUUCUCUUUAGCCAAUGGACCGCUUUCCUCGAUCUCCUCCAAAUUCCCCUCUCUCGGAACAACAUUUCAUUUGUCCGUCUUGAUGGCACACUAAAUCAGCAGCAACGAGAGAAAGUCCUUAAAGACUUUUCCGAGGAUGCCAGUAUAAUGGUACUGUUGAUGUCUCUAAAAGCUGGUGGUGUCGGGAUAAAUCUAACAGCUGCGUCCAAUGCUUUUGUCAUGGAUCCAUGGUGGAAUCCAGCGGUAGAGGAACAGGCUGUCAUGCGUCUCCAUCGUAUUGGACAGACUAAGGAAGUCAAAAUCAGAAGAUUCAUCAUUAAGGGUACAGUUGAAGAGAGAAUGGAGGCGGUUCAGGCGAGGAAGCAGAGAAUGAUCUCUGGGGCUUUAACGGAUCAAGAAGUACGAAGUGCGCGUAUAGAGGAACUCAAGAUGUUAUUUACCUGAAACUAUACAAACUGUUCUCUAUCAUACAAGGGGUUCUACAUAUGUGAAACUUGUCACAUUCUAAUGCAAAGAGAAUCAGAGAUUAUAACGUAUCUGAAAACGUGUUUUGUCCUUUUCAUGAGAUAUGAUGAACAAUUGUCACAGUUUUGGAAAAUGUGCAGUGACGGUUCCCAAGUGUAUCAUAAAACCUCUGGGUUUUGUUGUUUUGUAUUAUAGAAAGCUCCCUUUGUAAUUGGAAUUCAGAUUAUUUUUUGUACUUGCGUUCGUUUUAUGAGCUGUUGUAACUUUAUAUCAUACAGUUAACUCA